AUGAACGAGUCUUCAAAGGAAUUUGAUCGUUACAUGCUCCACAAUGCCCUUCAAGGAAAGAUGGCAACUCCUUUGGACACAUCUACCGGCUGGUUUGGGAUUUGUGACCUGCUACAUAUUGCAGAGGAGGAUAUCAACAACUCAUUUUUGCUCACUGAUAAAAAGAGAAGCUCCCUUUCCUCUGCAGGGAGGCUAUGUUGCGCCAAGCCACCUGCGAUUGAUCUGAGAUUGCUGGAGUCAUCUUCUGGUUUGAUCAUUAAGGAGAAGGCAUCGAUUCUGGUCGACAUUCCGGAUGGCUCAGACUCCCGUACUGAACAAUUGGAAUUGGGAAAACUUGCUGGUCUCAAAGUUGUUUCGACGGACAAAGUUGUUGUUACCGAAAGAGAAUGUUUUACUCAAAGGAAUGUGGAUGAACAACAACACCACGCUAGCGAUGUCAUUGAAGAUGCUUUGCGCAAUAUGGCGUCCUCACCUCAGCCGGGAAUGACUAAGUUUCUGGAUGAUUCUUUCGACACAAAUACUCAGGACGAUGAGGAUGAAGAAGCGCAGGAAGAGUUCUGUUGGUCGGAGAGUGAAAAGGAUGUAUAUGCUAAGUCUAUUAGGGCUGCUCGACAAGAAUUGUGGAAUGAUAUGCUUUCUUUCCGACAACAAAAUCAGAAUAUUCCUUGGAUGGUAGGGGGCGAUUUUAAUGUGAUAAGGUCUCUUGAAGAAUAUUCUGGUAGCUCGGUUCAGGAUCAUGCAACAAUGAAGGAUUUUAAUGAUUAUAUUGAAGAGUCUUCAUUAACUGAACUGUUAACUUUAGGGGAAGAGUUUACUUGGGGAGGAAUAAGAAGUACGGGAUGGGUGAGUAAGAAGUUGGAUUGGAUUCUGUUUUCAAUGGAAUGGCUCUCAAUGUUUCCUAAAGUUUCGGUUGAAAACUUGAAUAGAACUACAUCAGACCAUAGCCCUAUGUUGCACCAAUUUGACACAAUCUUGGAAAGCCAACCAAGAACCUUUUGUUUCCAAAAUAUGUGGCUGAGAAGGGAAGGUUUUAUGGCCUUGGUGAAAGAGAGUUGGGAAUUGCACGUUGAGGGUUUUGGUAUGCUGGGAUUUUCCUUGAAGCUCAGAUGUUUGAAGGCGAAACUAAAGGAAUGGAAUAAAAUGGCUUUUGGAAAUGUUUUUGACAAUUUGAAAGCUCCUAAAAAGGAGGUUCAAGAGUUGGAGAUUCGGUAUGAUAAUACCAAAUCAGAAGCAAUGGCGCGCAUGCUUAAUUUCUUGAUGGAGAACAGAAGGAUUGCUCGUUUUGGCACUCCCACUGGCUCCAAUUAUGUCUCUCAUUUAUGUUUUGCGGAUGAUUUAAUUGUUUUCACCCGUGGCUUGCAGUCUUCUAUGAGAGAGUUGAAUGCAUUUUUUGAGGAGUAUGAAAUUGCUUCUGAGCAGAAAAUAAAUAGAGGCAAGAGUAGCUUUUUUGUGGAUGGUAAAUGCCCCUCUUCUUGGAUUGAAAGUGUCAACAGAUGUUUGGGUAUGCAAAAAGGGUCUUUUCCAUUUCUCUACCUUGGUUGCCGGCUGUAUCAAGGUAGGAAGAAGACCGCAACUUUUCAGUUCAUUCUUGAUGCGCUUGAUUCGAAGUUAUCAAAUUGGAAGAACAAGUUUCUUAGCCAAGGUGGACAUCUUGUAAUGAUCAAUCACGUGUUAUCGGCCAUUCCAAUUCAUGUAUUUGCUGCAAUUGAGCCACCAAAAUCAAUACUUAAUGCAAUAGCGCAAAGAUGUCAAAACUUCCUUUGGGAAGGUGUUGAAGGGGAUGGAAGAAGGCAUUGGAGAUCGUGGAGUAGGCUUACUUUUCCGGUUCUGGAAAAUGGUGUUGGGCUGCAAGAUUUUCAAGAUGUAAUGAAGGCUUUCUCUUUCAAAAUAUGGUGGAAGUUGAAGCAUAAGCAAGGCAUAUGGGCGAAAUUCAUUCUUUCUUUGUUACGAGCUGCAAGAAAUAAAACAUCUUGGAAGAGAUUUGAAAAGGUUGAUGCCAUAGCAACAAAUCAUUCGAAAGUUUUGGUGAGAAGUGGUGAUUGA